CAGUGCACUUCUCUCCACAGACUGGCAAGGGAGCGGGCGUCGGGUACGGCAUGACGGAGGCUUGUGCCACCAUUGCUAACAACGGCGGCCCACUCGGGUUCCAACUGGGUUCCGUCGGGAGGCUGCUCCCUUACUAUGAGGGGAAGGUGGUGGACGUGGAGACGGGCCAGGUGCUGGGGGUGGGCCAGGAGGGCGAGGUGUGCGUCAGGGGCCCCUCGGUCAUGCUGGGCUACAUGGGCAACCCCGCAGCCACAGCCGAGGUUAUCGACGAGGACGGGUGGCUUCACACGGGAGACCUCGGCUUCUUCGACCAAGACAACUUCAUCUUCCUUACAGAUCGUCUAAAGGACCUCAUGAAAGUCAAAGGAUAUCAGGUGGCGCCGAGCGAGAUCGAGAAGAUCGUGCGGGAGAUGGAGGGCGUUACUGACGUGUCCGUGGUGGGCAUUCCCGACGGCAGGCUGGGCGAGGCACCGAGGGCGUGGGUGGUACCAGCGCCCGGGGCCAGUCUUGAUCCGGCUCACAUCCAGCAAUAUGUUGCAGGCCGAGUCUCCGCGCCUUACAAGCAGCUGGCAGGAGGCGUGGAGUUGAUUAACGAUCUCCCCAAAAAUCACCUGGGAAAGGUUCUCAAAAGGAAGCUCAAAAUGGACUAUCUCAAACCUCGCUCCAAACUAUAAGGAUUCCUAUCCCCCGUGUCUCCUCCUUCCCACUCCUCUCUCUCUCUCCCUCAACAUUUUUCUCUCCCUCUCCUCCCUCCAUCCCUCCUUCCUUCUCUCACCCUCCCUUUCCUUCAUUACCAUCUUUCUUUGUCGUCCUCAAUAUGUGCUGUAUUGUUGACGCUAUUUUAAAUGCUAUUUAAACGGGUAGAUUAUGUUGUUGGUAUACUUCUCAGUUAAUAUGUAUUGUGUAUCUAACGUUGGGUAUUUCCCAUUUUGUUUAUAAUGUGGCCUUGAGGUAAAUAAAUGUAAUGAAUAUA